CCAUACCGAAUAGGAUACUAAGCCAUCUCUUUUCCAACUUGCUUUCACAAUGGAAACUCAUCACCACCUUCCCAUAAAUGUAAAACAACACAACUAAGAAACCGAACCAACAAACAACAAAGCCUUGUCUUUUGUUCUUUUCCAUGUUCAUGGCAAAUCGUGUGGCUCCUAAUCCUCCUGCACCUCACCCAGAUGCUUUUCAUGUGUCUGGUCCUCGGAACAUCACUACCCUUAACUGGAGAGACCUUAUAACUUCCAGUUGGAAGGAUCCAAAGUACAAAAGAACGGUCAUUUCCUGCUUCAUACAAGCAGUUUACUUGCUCGAACUGGAUAGACAGGAAAAAAGAACACAAGACAAUGCCCUAGCUCCAAAUUGGUGGAUUCCCUUCAAGUACAAGCUCGCAAAAACAUUAGUUGACGAAAGAGAUGGGUCCAUUUUCGGUGCAAUACUUGAAUGGGAUCGACCCGCAGCAUUAGCUGACUUAGUACUAGUAAGACCAAACGGUGCCCCUAGAGCUGUUUUAGUACUUAGAGGAACAUUACUCAAAAGUCCUACAAUGCGGAGAGACAUUGAAGACGAUCUCCGUUUUGUUGCAUGGGAAAGCUUAAGAGGGUCUGUCAGAUUUAAAGUGGCAUUAGAGGCUCUAAAAUCAAUUUGCGAUAUGUACGGAAGUAGUAAUGUGUGUAUUGCAGGACAUUCUUUAGGCGCUGGUUUUGCUCUUCAAGUAGGAAAACAAUUAGCGAAACAAGGAAUCUAUGUGGAGGCGCAUUUGUUUAAUCCACCUUCUGUUUCACUAGCCAUGAGUCUCAAAAAUCUUGGAGAGAAGGCCGGAUAUGCAUGGAGUAGAGUUAAAUCUAUAAUUCCUUAUGGAAGGGAAGCUCAAGUUAGCAACGAUGUGGAAAAGACCACAGUUGUCGAACCGAAAAGUUGGAUGUCUCGAUUAUAUGGUUCUGGUUUGAAGGAUCCUAGCGCUGUUGUUGGCAUGGCAAAAUGGAUUCCUCAUUUGUAUGUUAACAAUAGUGACUACAUAUGUUGCUAUUACAACGAUCCUAGUGGCACAGCAGAGAAAGUUGUUGAUAAGGAGAGUGUUGGUGGACAAAUUACAGCGAAAUUGUUUGUUGUGGCAAAAGAAAAACAGAAAUUUCUUGAGGCUCAUGGUUUGGAACAAUGGUGGUCAAGUGAUGCAGAACUUCAACAGGUUAUUCAUAACAGCAAACUCAUAAGUAGACAACUUUCAUCUUUAUACACUUACACUCCUUCCCAGGCAGUAACAAGGGUUAUGCCACAAUAAUAAAUGAAUAUCAUUGGAAAUUGACAUAUUACAAAAUCUCUCAUUUUUCAAUCUUAAUAAUGCAGCCAGUUUUUGGCUUGUAAUCUGUUCUUUUAGAUGUUGCAUCGUCUAAGAGUUAAUGUCUGGAAUACGAAUGCAAAAUUGUUAUAUUCUUUUAUUAAA